CUUGCCGAUUCUACGGAUGACCAGCGUUGGUACCGAGAUUGGAAAACGCUUCGGAAACAGAUCAUGUCCAGUAGUAAUCGUACCGCAUCGUGAACAGCAUUACCUCAAGCAGAGAAUAUGUAUUGCUUAGGUUUUCUUUGACAGUGAUUUUAUUCAAUCCAGAUACCGUUAUUGGCAAAUUAUAUGUGAAGUGUGAAAAGUUACUCUGUGGUUCGUAACGGAUUUAGAAUUUUCCAAAUGCCCAAAAAGAAGCGUGCAAAGUCACCUAAUUUGGAUUUACUGGACGAUGGAUUUGACGAUGAUUUAAGCUCUAAUGACGACAAACCUGGCACCCCUAUCCAGCGCAAUGCGGCUAACGCUCGAGAGCGAGCCCGAAUGCGGGUUCUCUCGAAGGCAUUUUUCAACCUCAAACGCAACAUCCCAUGGGUUCCGGUGGAUACAAAGCUAUCGAAGCUGGACACACUUCGACUGGCUAAAAACUACAUCAACUACCUGGCGGCCACUCUGGACGGCCAAUCAGUGGAGGAUUUUUCCACCAACUUGGCGCAACCACCAAAAACGGCGUGGCCCUUCAUUUUCCAGCCGGUGCAAGCUCACGAGCCUGCAAAAUCAAAACUAGUGUCUGUGGCGACCAGCAACUCGGAGAAGUGGCCCAGCCGAUCUUGCAACAGCGCAACGACACCGGCCGAAAGCAGUAUCAAAUCACAACAGCGCUUCACGCCUUCGAAGACAGCAGCAACCACAUCUGCCGGCGGAUCGUUUUCCAUGGAGGAGAAUAUUGUUGAAUCGAGAUCCUUGGGAUUGAAUCAUCCACAUCAUCAUCUCCAUCAGGGUCACACAAUCAUACACCAUAUGCAGCAGCAGCAGCAUCAUCAUCACCCUCAUCUGGUCGCGCCUGGUGUCGACACUGUCAGUCAUUUGUCUAGUUAUUCACAUUCUCAUAUUUUGGCCGCAGCGAUGAGCAAUGAUUAGCAACUUUGAUUUUAGGUCCUACCUAGUGCUACCGAAAUCGUACUUUUUAGUUUUUUAAUGAAUGCGAGGAAAUGUUUAAGCCACAAAGUAUUAUUUAUGACUACAAUUAUAAUUGAGCAAAUAAAUUUGUAUCCUAUAUGGGUAUGUAUAUAAAGAACUUAUAAAAAACGGUUUGUUUAUUUUGUUGAAUUUCACAAACACUUGUUUUAGUAGUUUCGUCAUGGUGAAACCAAACUAAAAUAUGCUAAAACAACAAUGUUUGAUUUUAAUGAAUUUUAGUUGUUCGAUUAAGAUUGCUCACUAUUAUAUUUAUAUAUUCACAAAAAUUAGUAUACAGCCAAAUAAGGAGCAAAUUUUUUAUUCAAACCUGAACAUAAUUUAUUUUCACCAAAAUAAAAUUAUCUGAUUUUUUUAACAAUUGUAUGAUCUUAAACAUUGUUUAGAACAGAUGAGAUAAAAUUAAAAUUAUAAAGUCCAAAUUUCAGAUCACAAAAUUAAGUACAGUUUAUAAAAAUGAAUAAAAUAUCAAAUUUCUUCGUUUCUACUAAAUAGUUAGUAUCAUUACUACUUGGUAGGAUAUUCUUUUGAUUUUAUGACGGCUUUCAUUCACGAUGGCAUUGAAUUUACCAAAUUUACCGUAACAUCUGGUCCAUUUUGACCCAUUCUUUUUUUUCAAAAAUCCACUGAGUUUAUGUUUUUGUAUUAUGUUAUGUUAUUUGUCGAUCUAGAUGAUCCCACAAUUGUUCGAUGACAUUCUUAUCCGGUGUUUUAAGUUGUGUUCUGGCAUUCGAGAGAAGCCUUGACAAUCAGAGCAUCAUACCAAAUACAAAUUUGU